CUUUCUUUUUACUACAAACACAAAGUUAUACACUACUCAACACUCAUCAUACAUUCUUUGCUCUUUACUUACGUACAACAUACUACAAAGUUGUGUCUAGAUAUCUACUUUGGUACACUAAAAUUCUCAUAGAUAUGGAGGCAAAACCACAAGCACGAACCCUAGAGAUCACCGUUAUGUCGGGAGAAAACAUAUGUGUGGAUCGAAGUUCUGGGGCGGAGAACGUGUAUGUUGUUGUUCGUGCCGAAUCUCUAAAUUCUUGCACGACAAAAACGGUGAAUGAAGAUAAGGGAGUGCAUGCAUGGAAUGAGAAACUCUUAUUAGACAUUCCUACACAUGCAAGGUCGGUUACGUUUGAGGUGCAAUGCAAGAAAUAUAAAGGGGUUCGCCCUAUAGGGGUAGCAAGGAUAGCACUUUCGGAUUUUCUUAGUAACGAUACUAAGAUUGUGUCGGAAAGUGUGCCUCAAAUGUAUUGUUACGGAUUGAGGAAUUGGGAAGGUCGACAAAACGGUGUUAUUCAUUUCUCAGUGAAGGUGGUGUCACUAGCUGGCGAUAAAUAUUUGUGUUCAGAGACAAAACAAGAAAAAGACAUAAUAGGAAUUGAGCAUUCCAGUUUGGUGGAGUUACCAAAGUGUUCCUGUUUGAAGUUUUUUUUCCCCAUUUUUAGAUGGAGAUAAUUAAAAUUCUCUAUUUACAUGUUUUAUAUCAUAUUACACAAUGUUAUUUGCAAUUAAUGUUUUCACUAUAAUUUUAAAAAUGAUAUGUAAUCCUGAGUAAUUUAAGAUAAUGUGAGUAUUAUCUAAUUUAUUAAAUUUAUAUCAAGGGCAAUUAUCAUUAUUUAAUUCUGAUAAAAAGUCAAAUUUUUUGAA